UUGUGUCGGCUCUGCUGUGUUAUUAGAUGUUACUGAAUGCGUUAUCAUAUUAGUUACAAUGUAAACCUGUAUUUCUACUGUACGAGUGUACACCAUUCUUGUAUAUUAAAUUUUAGUGAAUUGUUUUCUGCUGCUAAAAAAAGAUAAAGUAAAAUAAAAAAUUUGCCACGUACCCCUUGAAAUCCUUUCACGUACCACCAGGGUACGUGUACCACACUUUGAGAAAUACUGUAUUAACCAGUUGUAGUUGAUAAGUUACUCACAGCAAAAUGACCAGUUAUUUUAUUAUAUAUCUCCCAUUAUACGGUUUAAAUAUGAAUAUAUAGUACUACAGUAAAUGAAACAAUGAAUUCACUCUACUGUGGCUCUUUUGGGUAAUGUUGAUUGCUAAUUUGGCUCCUGAACCACUGAAGUCAUGAGUAUCACUGAGCUAGAGCAUCUUUUAAAAAGACUCAGUUAUGGAGAAUCCACUACAUCUGUAGGUAACUUCUUCCAGUGAUUAACAACUCUCAGUGUUGAAAAUUUUCACCAUAUUUCAAGCCUGAAUUCAUCUCUCUUCAGCUUCCAGAUCUGGUUAUGUCUGCUAAAUUAAAGAGCUUUCUAAUAUGAGAAAUCUUUUCCCUAUGUAGGUACUUAUAGAGGUGAUCUUGGAUAAGAUAAACAGAUUUAGAUUCCUUAGGCUCUCACUGAGGCAAGGUUUUCGGACCUCAGAUCAUUCUUAUGACUUUUCUGAACCUUUUUCAAUGUGUCAACUUUUUUUAAAUUCUGGACAUGAGAAUUGGACACAGUACUCCAGUAGUCUCACUAAUUUCCUGGACAGAGGCGAGACCAGUUCCCUACUGCUUCUCAAGAUGCCCCUUCUUAAAACUGGGCCACAGGAUCACAUUUGCUGCCUUAGCCAUUGGAUUGCCCUGCAAGCUCAUGUUCAGCUGAUUAUCUACCAAGACCCCUCUGACUUAGAUACUUCUGAAAAUGGACUUUGAAAAUGCUACCCAACAUCUGAACAAUCCAACCACUAACAAUCCAACUCCCUUUGCUGCCUCCCGCCAACUAUAUACUUUUUGCUUCUCUAUUGUUAGGGCUCGUCUUCGCUGCAAAGAUAACUCGAGUUAUAACUCAAGUUUUGCCCUAACUCUAGUCCCUUCUACACAUGAAACCUUUUAACCAGUAAGCUACUAUUCAAGUUAGCACAGCUCAUCAGGGCUUCUAACACAACCCUCUCUGCUGCCAAUUAGAGCUGAGAGGGCAGCUGUCUUAUCCCACAAACAUUUGAAAUAAAAAAAAAAAAUCCUUUUCUGCAUCGGGAUGAAACUGAGACCUUCUGAAAAUUUUCCAUGAAAAACCAAUGGGAGAGACCCACCAGAGAGAGGGAGACUGACCCACUUCAGAACAGCCAACAGCCUGAUGCUUAGGGUCUACCACAUUCCAGGAUGACUCAGUGGUAUCAGUUGCAGCAACUUGAUUCCAAAUUCUUGGAGCAAGUACACCAGCUGUAUGAUGACAGCUUUCCCAUGGAAAUCAGACAGUAUCUGGCACAAUGGCUGGAAAAUCAAGACUGGGAGCAUGCUGCCAACAAUGUUUCAUUUGCUACGGUACUGUUCCAUGACCUCCUGUCACAACUAGACGAUCAGUUCAGUCGGUUUUUAAUAGAAAACAACUUUUUGUUGCAACACAACAUCAGGAAAAGCAAACGUAAUCUUCAGGAUCAUUUUCAAGAAGACCCAAUACAAAUGGCAAUGACAAUCUUCAACUGUCUGAAGGAAGAAAGGAAAAUAUUGAGCAGUGCCCAGUUGUCAGACCAGAUGCAGGUAGGGAACAUACAGAAUACCGUAAUGCUGGACAAACAGAAGGAGCUUGAUAUGAAAGUCAGGAGUGUGAAGAACAACGUUGUGGAAGUAGAACAAGACAUCAAGACUCUAGAGGAUGUGCAAGAUGAAUAUGACUUUAAAUGCAAAACCUUACAGAACAGAGAAAAUGAGCCCAAUGGAGUGGCACAGGAUGAAUAUAAGAAAGAACAGCUUCUCCUCCAGAAGAUGUUUCUAACACUUGACCUUAAGCGAAAGGAAGUGGUGACCAAAAUAAUAAACCUGUUGAAUAUAUCAGAGCACACACAAAGUGCUUUGAUUAAUGAAGAGCUUGUUGAAUGGAAGCAUAGACAACAAAUUGCUUGUAUUGGUGGUCCACCCAAUGCCUGCCUUGACCAGCUACAAAACUGGUUCACCAUUGUUGCUGAGAGUCUUCAGCAAGUUCGUCAGCAGCUUAAAAAGCUUGAGGAAUUGGAGCAGAAAUUUACAUAUGAGCCAGAUCCCAUUACAAAAAACAAACAAGUCCUGCAAGAUCGCACAUGCAGUCUUUUCAAACAACUCAUUCAGAGUUCUUUUGUGGUGGAGAGGCAGCCUUGUAUGCCAACUCAUCCUCAGAGGCCAUUGGUCCUGAAGACUGGAGUGCAGUUCACAGUAAAACUGAGAUUGCUGGUGAAGCUACAAGAACUGAAUUAUAAUUUAAAAGUGAAAGUCUUAUUUGAUAAGGACGUGAAUGAGAAGAACACAGUAAAAGGGUUCAGAAAAUUUAACAUUCUGGGAACAAAUACGAAAGUAAUGAACAUGGAGGAAUCUACUAAUGGAAGCCUAGCAGCAGAGUUCAGGCAUCUGCAAUUAAAGGAGCAAAAAAAUACAGGAAGCAGAACUAAUGAGGGUCCUCUCAUUGUAACAGAAGAGCUUCAUUCCCUCAGCUUUGAAACUCAGCUUUGCCAGCCUGGGCUGGUGGUAGAUCUAGAGACCACAUCCCUUCCCAUUGUUGUGAUCUCAAAUGUGAGCCAGCUUCCAAGUGGAUGGGCUUCCAUUUUGUGGUACAACAUGCUGACUACUGAACCCAAGAACUUGUCCUUCUUUCUGAACCCACCUUGUGCAAGAUGGUCUCAGCUUUCUGAAGUGCUAAGUUGGCAGUUCUCUUCUGUAACUAAAAGGGGACUUCAUGCAGAUCAGUUGAGCAUGCUGGGGGAGAAACUUCUUGGUCCAACAGGUGGAGGGUCACUUGAUGGCCUUAUUCCUUGGACAAGAUUCUGCAAGGAAAACAUAAAUGAUAAAAACUUUCCCUUCUGGCUGUGGAUUGAGGGCAUCCUUGAACUCAUUAAAAAACACCUCUUAUGUCUCUGGAAUGACGGCUGUAUCAUGGGUUUUAUCAGCAAGGAGAGAGAACGUGCUUUGUUAAAGGACCAAAGGCCUGGGACCUUUUUACUGAGAUUUAGUGAAAGUAGCCGAGAAGGAGCCAUCACUUUUACCUGGGUAGAGGGAUCCCAAAAUGAACCUCAGUUCCAUUCGGUAGAACCUUACACCAAGAAAGAGCUCUCAGCUGUUACUUUCCCUGAUAUUAUUCGCAACUACAAAGUGAUGGCAGCCGAAAAUAUUCCUGAAAAUCCAUUGAGCUAUCUGUACCCAAAUAUUCCCAAAGACAAUGCCUUUGGGAAAUACUACUCCAGACCCAAGGAGACCUCUGAGCCUAUGGAUUUAGAUGGCCCCAAAGGGAAUGGAUACAUCAAGACUGAAUUAAUCUCCGUAUCUGAAGUCCACCCUUCCAGACUCCAGACCACAGAAAACCUCUUACCCAUGUCUCCUGAAGAUUUUGAUGAGGUGUCUCGAAUGGUGAGCCCUGCAGAAAUUGACACUGUGAUGUGUUCAGCCUAUCCGACUUAAGUGUUAUUGGUCACUCUACUAUACUGUUUGCACAUGUCCAUCCUUAAGUAGCUUGCGUUUUUCUGCUUCCCAGCCUGCAGAGGUAUGCAUCAAGGCGCUGUGUAGUCUGUGGCAAGCUUUCCCUACAUUCUGAAGAAAGCCCUUGGAUAGUGUGGCACACCAAUGCAUCAGACUGGAGCUUCAGUUAAAUUAAGGAAUUGAGGUUCUUAAUGAAUUCAGUGUGAAAAUAAUAAUACCCAGAAUAGCCUGUAUAUUACUGAUUGUGAUAUGACAUUUGUUUAAUUGUAAUUUUCAAGGAGCUAGAGAAUCUUCUAUCACCACUGUGAAACUCCAGCACAGAAGGUGGAGGGGGAAAAGCUGGAAAUCUUAGCAAUAGCGCGGGGGACAGUUGGGGCUUUUGGUUGGGACAGCAUCUUGGGAUUAUGGGAGAAGCCUGUGUUUCUACUAAAUUUAUCAUAAAUUAAAUAGUUAAGGUGACAUUUACAAUGUUGUCUUUAGGUUUUAAAGUAAAGGUAAUUCACACCUCUGAGAUUGGUUCCAGGCAUAUACAGGCAGACAAUACAGCUUCAGUUUGCACUUUGCUCACACUUGGCUUUCUUCUGCAAUGAGGAGGGCUGGAAUAUUUUCUUUUAAAUGAAAGCUUAGAUACUUUCUUAAAGGGUACAGCCACAAACUGCACUGUCUUGUAUUUGCUUCUGCUCUGCUAAAUCAGUGGCAUAUGCUAGUUUAUUUUUACAAUGAAGCAUGUUACUAGGGUAAGAGUGAAAGCCAAAAUUGUUACUGUACCGCUCAUUGAGAAAAGAAACACCAGUUGAAUAGGAUGUCUCACAAAAUCUUUCACAUAGAAAAUUCCCAAAGGCAUCAUGUCACCCCAAAGAACAGUGUUUGAGCAUGUGCUGCAUAUUCUGCUUUCUAUUAUGGCAUAAAGGAAUUGAAAGCUAGACAUUGUAGAAUUACACCCAGUCCCUUACUGAAGUACAGUUCAAUAAAAUCUGUGAGAGGUAGCAGAGAGAUGUUUUCUCAGAGGAUCCUUAAUACAAGCACUGCCCUCCAUCCAACCAUCAUUGUAAGAUGACUUCAAAGACACCAUAGACUACCCCUCUACCGGUAGUUACUUGUGGAGGUGGAAGUGCUUUGACAUUGUCAGAGUUAUUAAUCACUGUCCACUAUGAAAAUAUGUGUCUAAGUAUUCACAAAGCACAUAAGUUUAAUUUUAAGUAACCAGAUAAACUAAACCAGAUUAACUAAAAUAAAUUAAGAGUGGGGCUCCUUCAUUGUGACACACUUGCCAUCCAAACAAAGAGAAAAUAUUCUAACCCUGCUACUGGCAAGGGCAUUAAGCCUGAAAAGUAAGUUGAGAAUUGGAAAAAAAAUUAAAAAUCCUCAAGAUAUGCAAACUUGUCAAAUGGACAGAUGGCAUCUGGUGGCCUGUCAGAUUGCAGCUAUUUUUAUAGUUUACAGUUUAGCAAGGAACUGUUGGAAUGGAGAAGUCCAUGUUGUCCACUGAGGGCUUGAUCUUGCACCUUUCAUGUCAAUCUAUUGACUUGCAUGGGAGUAGGCUCAAGCCCAUCCAGAGCAUAAAUAUGUCUUGCUUUCCUCUUUGUAGCAGCAAACAAAAGCAUUCCUAGCACGUCAAUCCAAUAGUGAAAGCAGCACGGUUACCUUAAUUGAAAAAUAAACUAGUUUUAGGCCUCCAAGGAUGUGGCUUUGCUGCAAUAAGAAACCUGAGUAUCUGCAGUGCAAUUCAACAGUCCCUUAGCCCAGGCCAACUACAGGUUUUUAAUUGCAACAUUGACAUAUCCUAAGGGGCUUGACUGCAGCACAGCCCCACUGAAGUCAGUGGAACUAUGUGGAUAUUCACUAGCUGCAGUCCUUGCUGCUUUACAUGGUUGUACUGCCCAUGCUAAUUUUGACUGUAAUCUCUUCGGGGUGACACUUUUCCUGUAGGUAUUGUGCAUACCACAAUUAACUAAGUCACAUUUUAGAAGACUUCUCAUUUUUACUAUUGCUUAUUUGAAAGAGGGCAUAGUCUCUGCAUAGACACACAGUUCAUUAAUAGCAGUAGGAUAAAGAAAGUUGAAUUACAAUUGACUCUGUGUUAAGUAAGUGCUUAAAGCCCACAGAAGUAUUGGUACUUGGAGGAAAGAGGCAGUCUGCUAAUAGCAGAGGAGCAGAUUUGUUCUCUAUACACUGGAGGCUAAUUAAGCCACAGUUCCCUAAUGAGGGUGGCCUCUUACACAGAUUUCAUUGAAUUUCAUGUCUCACUAUGAACUCAUAACUCCUCAUGAAACUGAAAAUCAUUAAUUAUCUUGUCUCGAUGUUGCAACAGCUGCAGUGCUUUGGCUCUCAGCAGCUUGAGAGUUUAGCAUUUUGCUAGUUAGUUUAUAAGGGAUGGGGAAAUUACAUUUCCACCGUUCAGAUUGUUAAACAAUCAGCUGCUUGAGCUUGCUUCAUGAAAAGGAAGUGGUAAAUCCAUGUAGUACAUUGUGCCUGUAAAGACUAGCAUGCUGUCUGCAAAGAGGACCCUUGCAGUCCUGUGAUUCCAUGCCAGUGUUGAAUGGAUCUGAGAGUAUUUGCUUAGGUAGCAAAAUAGUGCCAGUUUGCCUUAUUUUGAUAUUGCUAUAAAAAAAUCAGUGACCAUAAAUGCAAAAUAUAUCAACAGGUUAAUUUUAUUACAGUUCUCAUUAGAGUAGCUAAAUGUACAUAUAUAUUUAUCAAGUGAAAUGAAGUGGAUGUUCCUAAGAAUUGUGAUGUGUUAAUUUGUAUAUGGUGCUUAUAAUACCUUCACUUUUGAAUUCAACUUGCAUCUGACAGUCAAAUUUUCUCAAGAGUCCAGUAGAUGUACAGUAGCUAGCUUCAUGUAAUUUUUGCAUGGAUGAUAGUUAUAAAAAGUUUUACAAUACUAGAACUAUUUUCCAGGUUAAAAAAAUUGAAGCAUCACUUAGCAAUUGUUUUAUGGUUACUAAUGAGAUCAUGUUUCUCUAAGACUAUUGUAUCAAUGGACUGAUGAGAUUUAAUUGAAUUUUUGACAUAAGAGGCCUCCAUUUGAUUGUAAGCCCACUGGGGCAGUUUCAUCUCUAUAUGGUUGUCAGUUAUUUCUAUGGCUAGAGAAUUAGCCAUAUGUUUUACUACUCUCUGGGCAAACAAGUAAUCUAGCAAAGUGGCAGUCUGGCUAGCCAAGGCAUUAGUUGUUGCUAAUUAUUUCACAGUGCCCAUCAGUGUGCUAUGCUGCCGCCCCUCACAGUACAGAACAAGUGACAUUAUCCUUGCCCCAAGGUACUUACAAGCUUAUAUAAACUUGACACAACAAGGAGUAAAAUAAUGCAGGGAUGAGGGGAGACAGACAGAGGCAACCUUUUAAGAAUGUGGAUAGCCCAGCAGGGGGUCAUGGUUAUACAUGGCAUGGUCACGCAAAAAAAGGUUUUUUUUAGGGCUGUCAAGCACUCCAUAAGGCCAUCUACAACAUGUUGAAACCAUGAAAUCAGCAACAACAUACAUCUCCACUCCUGGCUGCAAUAUGAGACCUAUUUAGUAUAGGGCUAGGUGAUGUUGAUUUUUAGUAGAAUCCCUUAAUUGCUUCCACAAUUUUCUGCUGUGGUCUGAGGCAGGAGUUUGUGAGGAACCUUCAGGAGCAAAAUGAUGUAUGUAUAUCCCUAUUUCGCCCUCUGUGGUUCUUAACUAUUUCAAUAGCCAGACCAUCCCAACUAAUUCAUAACUCACCAGAUUCAGAGACCUUUACUUCCCUAUCCCAGCGAUAGCCUCUAUUCCUAAAGAAUAGACAUUGGAGACCUCCAGCACUUCAAAGAUAUGAACACUAGGGUCAUCUUGUUAGAAUGCCCUCAGCAGGUUGGGUACUCCUUUGUAGCAUCAUUUCUCCAUCACCAACUGGACACCUGUAUUAGGUAAGGGAAAGCCAAUGAGCUCCUGUUUGCUAUAUCAAGCUUUUAGAUUUAAAACUACAGUAUUCACUAGCCACAAGAUGGAGCCUCCUGAUGAUUUGAUGCUACAAUUAAAGCUUGUCACAAGGUCUUCCCAAUGCAAAAGUAGCCUUGAGACUGGAGGAUAUCAAAGCAGCCUAAAAUGGAGGGCUCCACAAAGUCCACUCUCUUUGGCUACUUCAGUUGCGAUGGUAUUAGAAGUGGGUAAAUGAUGUAGCUUACGGCUGCUACUCUGAAACCUAACCAAUAAAAGAACCCCUCAAACAUCUCUUUUUUUGGUAUUCCUGUUUAAUUGUGCUGUAAAAAGCAAUAAUACCUGGAUUUUAUUCAUUAAAAUAAAUCUUUCAUUUUCAGAACCA